AUGGCAGGGCUGCCCGGAGCGCCGCGCAGCCCCAGCGGCUCCCCGCCAGCCUCCCUGCCCGCCCUGGAUGUCGCCUUCCUCCUCUCGCCCCUCGGGGGGCUGAUGGUCGCCCAGGUGGUGCUGGGCUUGCUGGUGUGGGCCCUCAUCGCCGACACAACCUUCUACCUCCACGCUGCCUACGGCUGGGUGAUGUUUGUCUCCAUCUUCUUCUGGGUCCUGACUCUCCUCCUCUUCAUCACUUACCUCCUGCAGCUUCAGCUCAAGUGCUAUGUCAUCCCCUGGCCCCUGGUGCUGAUGAUCUUCAACCUGGUGGCCACGGUGCUGUACCUGACAGCCUUCGUGACCAGCGCGGCCGCCGUGCAGCCAACCUCCUGGCGCCAGUGGGACUACAACCGCAGGGCUGCCGCCGCCUUCUUCGCCUGUGUGGUGAUGAUCAGCUAUGGGCUCAGCAGCUUCUUCAGCUUCCGUGCCUGGAAGGGGCUGGGCAGCAACGCGGCCAGCAGCCAAGUGAGCGACCGAGCCUGA